UCUACUGAAUUCUCUCCUUCUCAAAUAUUACUACUACUUAGUGUUCAAAUUUUGAUAUUAAGGUAUGGCUAAUUUGUUAGCUGUUGAGAACUGGACAUGGAUCGACGGUUGUGAUGACUUGAGCAACUUCGACGUGUCACAAAUCGACGGUGACAUUGUUAUGUCUUUACUUGAUGACAUGCAAGGUGAUGAUCAUCAUGAUGAUGAGAGAUUAACGAGUGUUAUUAGAUGUCUUGAAGCCGAAAUUGAUCAGACUCAAUCUUAUCCUACUUUUAAUAAUGUAGUAUCUGAAUUGGUAGUAAGGGUCCAUGGUCAUGAUUCUUUCCAAGACAAGCAAGAGAGAAAUUAUAAUGGUGAAAAGUUGCAAUCACAUAAUACUAUUGGUCAAUGUCAAAGCGAAGAUUUUGUUGAAUCAAAUGAUCUUGAUUUUAGUUGGAUGGAGAUGGAGAUGGUCUCUUCAUACCCUAGCGAUGAAAUGAACUUGUGGUACAUGGACAACAACUAUGGACAAGGUUAUGAGGUUGUUAGUGGGAUCUCUAACUACUCUGAUACCAUUUCCUUUGAGGAAAAUGAUUAUCAUUCUUUGUGGCAAGAACAAAACGUAUAAAGUUUUUGUUUAGAUAUAAAUUUAAAUUGGUGUAAGAAAAGAAAGAAUGUUGAUAACUAAAUUAGACAUUUCACUCAUUAUAUACAGAGUACUUUAAUUAAAU